CAUCGACAAGCUUCUUCACAAAAACCCAAAACCUUAAGACAGUACUUGUUUAAUAAAAAGAUGGGUUUCUACUUCAUCUCUCUCCUUUUUCUUCCACUUCUAUCAGUGUUUAUCCUGUCGGGAUCCAAGCAAGCCUUUGCUUCGGACAACACACUCCUCGUGAACACCGACCACCGCAACAGCACGGCGCAUGGUGGGUUGUCGUCACUGAGGGGGAAGAAGCAGAGGAGUGGAUGUAACUUGUUCCAAGGCCGAUGGGUUUUUGAUGCUUCUUACCCUUUCUAUGAUACAUCCUCGUGUCCUUUCAUCGACGGCGAGUUUAACUGUGGCAAGCGACCUGACAAACAGUUCCUCAAGUACUCAUGGCAACCUGCAUCUUGCAGUAUCCCAAGGUUCGACGGUGCGGCGUUUCUGAGGAGAUGGAGAGGGAAGCGAGUCAUGUUCGUAGGAGACUCACUGAGUCUUAACAUGUGGGAAUCGUUAGGAUGUAUGAUACAUGCGUCGGUACCAAACGCCAAGUACACUUUUCUCAAGCGUACCCCACUCUCUACUAUCACUUUCCAGGAAUAUGGAGUGACGUUAUAUCUAUAUAGAACACCAUACAUAGUGGAUAUAGCCAGAGAGAAAGUAGGACGUGUUCUUAACCUUGGAGCUAUUGAAGGAGGUGCUAAUGCUUGGAAAAACAUGGACGUUCUUGUCUUCAAUUCUUGGCAUUGGUGGACUCACAAAGGCAAUUCUCAAGGGUGGGAUUACAUUAGAGAUGGGUCGUCUUUGGUGAGAGACAUGAACCGUCUUGAUGCUUUCUACAAAGGACUUAGCACUUGGGGUCGAUGGGUUGACCAAAACGUCGAUACCACCAAAACCAAAGUUUUCUUCCAAGGCAUUUCUCCCACUCACUACGAGGGAAGGGAAUGGAACGAGCCGAGAAAAAGUUGUACUGGGCAAAUGCAGCCGUUGGGUGGAUCAAAUUACCCAAGUGGCCAGCCUGCAUCUGCAGGAGUUGUGUCCAAAGUGUUGGGAGCGAUGAAAACGCGUGUGUCCUUGCUUGAUAUCACCACGCUAUCUCAGCUGAGAAAAGAUGCUCAUCCUUCUACUUAUGGUGGCGAUGGAGGAAAUGAUUGCAGCCACUGGUGCCUUCCCGGGUUGCCAGAUACUUGGAACCAACUUCUCUACGCAGCUUUGUUCAUGUGAAUUUGAACAAUACAUCUUUACAAAGAAAGUGCAAACACACCUUUGUUCUGUAAUUACAUUCUUGGAGGUGCAAAGAAGCUGACAGUUUUACU